UCUUCACAGUCGCCGCGUCUCCCGCCUCCAUCAGUACCGAAGGUAACUCCGCUGCGUGCGUAAAGCUCCUGGACACUCACGCAUCGCGCUCACAGUUUCAACGUCUGCUCUACUUCUUCCGAGAUUAAAGAAAACCAAUCUUCGGCUGAUAUUAGACUUACGUAACAAAAAAGAGAGACCAAUUUUCCAGCAUUUUGAAAACAUUGUCGGCAGCGCUUUUUUUUUUUUUUUUUUUUUUUUGGGCACAUUUUCGGAUCAGCUUGAACUAAAUGCAUCGCACUCCAACUGACGCACUACCGAUCCGGGUCGUUCAAGUUGAGAGUAAAAAUGUGUAAAGCAAAUAGAAGAUACGGCGGGAGCUAACUGGACUUCUUUGGAUUUAUUUGUCGGUGCCUUUAUAAGGGAUUCAAUCAAACUUAUGGCGUGAAGGGCCACUUCCUGGCCUCCAUCACUCACAGCUAAUGGAUGUCUUUGGCCAGUAUGCCUACAAUGACAGUUUCAACGAUAACGGAACAUGGCACUUCAACGAAACAGAGCAAGAACAGAGGCAUCCUUACAACUACUAUGCCAUGCUUCUCACGCUACUCAUCUUUGUCAUCGUCUUUGGCAACGUUCUGGUGUGCAUGGCUGUGUCGAGGGAAAAGGCUCUGCAGACCACUACCAACUACCUGAUCGUCAGCCUGGCUGUUGCUGAUCUUCUGGUGGCCACAUUGGUUAUGCCCUGGGUUGUCUACCUGGAGGUAGUGGGAGAGUGGCGCUUCAGCAAGAUCCACUGUGACAUAUUUGUCACCCUUGAUGUGAUGAUGUGUACAGCAAGCAUCCUCAAUCUAUGUGCCAUCAGCAUUGAUCGAUACACAGCAGUGGCAAUGCCGAUGCUGUACAACACGCGCUACAGCUCCAGGAGACGAGUCACCGUAAUGAUCUCUGUUGUCUGGGUUCUCUCCUUUGCUAUAUCAUGUCCCCUGCUGUUUGGCCUCAAUAACACAGCAACCCGCGAUGCGUCUCUCUGUGUCAUCGCCAACCCUGCCUUCGUGGUGUACUCCUCCAUCGUGUCCUUCUACGUACCCUUCAUCAUUACUCUGCUGGUUUAUGUGCAAAUUUAUGUGGUCCUGAGGAAGCGCAGAAAACGUGUGAACACAAAGCCAAAGCGACGUGUGUGUCAGCCUGCUGACACCGAUGUAGCAACUUCACUGAGGGAUAAGUGCACUCAUCCAGAAGAUGUAAGGUUGUGCACCAUGAUUGUGAAGUCCAAUGGAAGCUUACCUGCCAACAAGAAAAGAGUGAUUUUCAUCAAAGAAGCUGCCACUGACGGGGAUGACUUGGAGCUGGAUGAGCUGAACAACAGCGGCAGCAGCCACAGGCAAAGACAUCAGACACACAGCGCCCUUGGAGACACUCCGGCCACUAGUCACCAGCAGCUAAUGCCCAACAAGGCCAAUGCUAGCCCCACCUCCACGCCUCCCACACCCCCCGAGGAUGGCCACAAAGCAGAAAAAAACGGCGAGCCCAAGGAGGCCCUGGCUGACCCAGCACCAGUUGUAGCCAAAGCCUUCCAGACACAGGCGCUACCUAAUGGCAAGACUCAAACCUCUGUCAAAAACAUGAGCAAGAGGAAGAUCUCCCAACAAAAAGAGAAGAAAGCCACUCAGAUGUUAGCCAUUGUCCUCGGUGUAUUCAUCAUAUGUUGGCUGCCAUUUUUCAUCACCCAUAUCUUGAACACCCACUGCACCAAAUGCAAAGUUCCCGCUGAGAUGUACAACGCUUUCACUUGGCUGGGCUACGUGAACAGUGCUGUAAAUCCCAUCAUAUACACCACCUUUAAUAUCGAGUUCAGGAAGGCGUUCAUUAAAAUCCUGCACUGCUAAGCUGCUGCAUCCCUUACAGAUCAGACUGAGGGAAAGGGCACAAAUAAAGGGUCUGGCAAUUACCUCAUCCUGUGACAGGAAAAUGCACCACAUUGAGAAAAAAAACUGAAAAGUUACUAAAAAACUGGCAGUGUCUUUUUGGAAGGCGCGUUGACUAUGUGUGUGUGAGUUGUUUGUGGAGUCCUGUUCUCCAAAAAACUGAAUGUAAAACAAGAAAAGUCUGUAACAAUGAUCUGUUCAUGGAGAAAAAAAAAACUAACACUAUUCUCUAAAAUCAUUGUGUGUGUUAUGUAAGGAGCCAUAUGUGUAUACCACACACAUGCAAGUAGCAUACUGCUAUUUAUUAUGUGCGUACUCCAUGUUUCCAUGAUGGAAAGCUACGACGUCAGUGUUCAUUGCAGUGUUGAUAUCGAUGCAUCCAAUCUUACUCUUGAAAUCUCUUACGGGUUGGGAAUGUGUAGGGAAGGGAAGAUUUAUUUACUGUACAAUGUGACGAUGCCAAUAUUUGCAAUUUUGCAUUUUAUAAAUAAUCUAAUAUCGUAUCUUAAUGAAUCAGAAUAUCAUUGAGAAAUUAAUUUCUUUCAUUAAUUCAAUUCUAUAAGUGAAACUCAAAUUCAUUACAUGCUGAGUAAUAUAUUUUCUUCUGAUCAUUUUAAUUAUUAUGGUUUGCAACUGAUAAAAACCUAAAAAUCACUUUCUAAGAAUUGUGGUUUACUAAAAAGCUACUACACAGUUACUCUGUUUAGUUUAAGUCAGGUUUAACUCAAUGAAAUACAGUGAUACCAUAUCCAUUUUUAUUAAAACAGUUUGGUCUAACAUCAGGAGAUGACAUGGCUCCUACUAAAUCGUUACUGUGGAAACUUUACUCAGGAUCUGAAGCAACUUGAAUUAUUUGUCUCUCCACCCUAUUGUCCAGACUGGUGGACUUAUUAAAUUAAAAUGCUAAAUAUACUUUCAUCUUAAAAGAGGGCAAUAGUGGGGUGUUACGUGGUACAGUGGUUAGAGUGGGUUACACCCAUUCUGAGUUCAACUCCUGUUCUCGGUUGCUUUGCCGCUUGUUUUUUUUUACUUUCAAAUAAAGGCCUCUAGUGCCAAAAAUAAUUCUUAAAAGAAAAUGUGCUUUGGAUCAAGGAGGACCUAGUCCAGUCCUUUUUCUACUAAUCCCUCACAAGACACUCUUGGGAACAGCUUAAGACAAGGAGCACACCUGUAACAAGUUUGUAUGUAGCUGCUCUUCAACCAACUUGGUUAGACCCUGGCUCUGAAAGUUAGAUUUUUGCUACACACUUUCUCCUUCUACUCAACUUUCCCUCCGUUUGCUAGGAUAUAAUACUAUAUGGUCAAUCUUCAAUAUUUUGUAGAACAAAAUGUUGGGUUUUCAUCAGCUGUAAGCCAUAAUCAUCUUAAUUAACAGAAAUAAAUGUUGGAGUUAUAUUACUCUUUUCUGUAAUGACUAUAGUUCAGUCUCACUUUUUGAAUUUAUAUUUUGACAGAAUUAAUCUUUUGAUAAUAUUUUAUUUAUUGAGAUGCAUGUAUUAUUAUUAUUAUUUUCAUUUUCUGUAUUGUAUAUAGUUUUCAUAACACAUUAUCUGUGAAUAUAUGCCUGCAAUGGAAAAGUGAUGCAUGCUACACUGCUCCUCUACUUGACUUUUCAUGAAAUGUAUGUUACAAAAAUAGCAAAAGAUCUCAAAUAAAUGAAAAUAAAAUGCAUAGUUAAGUGCCACACAAAUGUCACUGUUUGUUGUAUGUGUCAAUAGAAGCUAAAUUAUAACUUAAAACUGUUAA